AUGGAAGGCUCUGCAGCAGAUGGUAGAGUUUUACGUGAUGCCAUACGUAGAACAAAUGGUUUGUGUGUUCCAAAUGGUCAUAAUUACCUUGUAGAUGGUGAAUAUACUAAUUGUAAGGGAUUUCUUGCUCCAUAUCGAGGCCAACGCUAUCACCUCAACCAAUGGGAAGAUGGGAAUCCUCCCAUAAAUCCACAAGAGUUUUUUAAUAUGAAGCACUCAUCUGCUAGGAAUGUCAUUGAGAGAUGUUUUGGUGCAAUUAAGAAUCGAUGGGCAAUUCUUAGGAGUCCAUCAUUCUAUCCAAUAAAGACUCAAAACCGAAUCAUUUUAGCAUGUUGCUUGCUUCACAAGUUUAUUAGGAGAGAAAUGCCUACUGAUAAUAUUGAUAUGCAUCCAGAGAAUGAGAGUGAUAGUGGAGACGAAGAAGAUAGCAUGGAUGCUGAUGGAUCCAUAAGAAGUAUUGAAGCUUCUGAAGGGUGGACAACAUUUAGAAAUCAUUUAGCACUUGAGAUGUAUAACGAAUGGAGAUAA